AGUACGCUGUGCUCUUCGCACUGGACCCGGUGGAGUUUGACGUGGCAUUCUACGUGCACUUUCAGGAUUGAUACCGAAGCGGCCGCUGCCCAUUCUCCCUACUACUUUGGUCUUUGGCGGGUUGCCAGAUUGGCAUGAGAAGAAUCUCCUGACAGGAUGAGCCAGCAGGGAUAUGUUGCUGCCCCUCCCUACUCCCAGGCACAGCCCGGAAUGGGGGGGUACCCAAGUGGGUAUGGGGGACCCCCCCCUCAGCCCAUGUACGGACACUAUGGAGCCCCUCCCACAGGUGUUGCCAAAGGGCCGGUGGCCACUCCCCCUCCAGUGUCUCAGUACGGGUCACCAAUGCAGCAGAACGGAGCUCACCCACAGAGGAUCCAGCCCCCGUCAGCAGUCUCCUCCCCCUACGGACAGCCACCCCAGGUCCCCUACCAGAGUAUGGCCCCUCAGUCCCUGCCCCCUGCCCAGCAGCUGUCCAAUCAGAUGAGUGGAAUGCAGAUUAGUGGCUAUGGCCAGAUGCCAAUGCAACCCACCCAGGGCCCUCCCAGCUCUGCCCCACAGCAUCCUCUGCAGCCUGGACCCCCCCAGAUGAUGUCCCAGCCUGGACCCCCCCAUAUGAUGUCCCAGCCUGGACCCCCCCAGAUGAUGUCCCAGCCGGGGCCAAUGGUUCCCGGGCCCCAGACUCAACCCUUGGGUUCGCCUCCACCAAUGGGUGCUGCUCCUCCUAUGACUGGCAUGGCAGCUCCACCAAUGGGGAUGUCUGGACCCUUCUCUGGCCCGCCUCCUAUGGGAGGGGCUGGAUUCCAGCAGUCCCCUGGUCAGAUGCAACCCCAGGGGUUUCCACAGCAACCAGGUCCGUACGGGGGGCCAAUGGCUGCUCCACAGCCAGGAUUCCCAGGUGCGUUCCCGGGGGGAGCCUCACAAAUGGCUGGACCCCCCCAGAAGAAGCUGGACCCCAACUCCAUUCCCAGCACAACUCAGGUUAUAGAGGAUGACCAGGCCAAGAAAGGGGGGCAGCUCUACACCACCAAUGUCAGAGGACAGGUUCCCCCCCUCGUCACCACCGACUUCACUGUGCAGGACCAAGGUAAUGCGAGCCCUCGCUUCAUGCGCUGCACGUCCUACACCUUCCCCUGCACCUCUGACCUAGCCAAACAGUGCCAGGUUCCCUUGGCAACCAUCAUCAAACCCCUUGCCACCAUCCCCAAGACUGAGUCUCCUCUGUUCAUGGUGAAUCAUGGUGAGACUGGGCCCAUCCGCUGUAACCGCUGCAAGGCCUACAUGUGUCCCUACAUGCAGUUCAUGGACGGAGGACGCCGCUACCAGUGUGCGUUCUGCAACUGUGUCAACGAAGUGCCAGCAUUUUACUUCCAGCAUCUGGACCACAUGGGUCGGCGUAUGGAUGUAUACGAGCGUCCGGAACUUUCUCUGGGCUCCUACGAGUUCAUCGCCACGCUAGACUACUGCAAGAACAACAAGCCCCCCAGCCCCCCUGCCUACAUCUUCAUGAUUGACGUGUCCUUCUCCAACAUCAAGAGCGGCCUGGUCAGACUAGUGUGUGAAGAACUCAAGACUCUACUGGACAGACUGCCUAGGGAGGACGGUGCGGAGAGCUCUGUGGUGAAGGUGGGCUUUGUGACCUACAAUAAGGUGCUGCACUUCUACAACGUGAAGAGCGCUCUGGCCCAGCCCCAGAUGAUGGUGGUGUCCGACGUGGCCGAGAUGUUUGUGCCUCUGCUGGACGGCUUCCUCGUCAACUUCACCGAGUCCCGCGCCGUCAUCAACAAUCUGCUGGAUCAGAUCCCUGACAUGUUUGCUGACACUAAUGAGAGUGAGACGGUGUUCGCUCCAGUCGUCCAGGCAGGAGUAGAGGCACUCAAGGCUGCGGACUGCUCUGGGAAGCUCUUCAUCUUCCACUCCUCCAUCCCCACCGCUGAGGCUCCUGGGAAACUUAAGAACAGGGAUGACAGGAAGCUGGUCAGCACAGACAAGGAGAAGACGCUGUUCCAGCCGAUGCGUGGUGUGUAUGAGCAGCUGGUGAAGGAUUGUGUGUCCCAGGGCUGCUGUGUGGACCUCUUCCUCUUCCCCAGCCAGUACCUGGACCUGGCCACCAUGGGGGACACCCCCACACACACGGGCGGAUCAGUGUACAAGUACAGCAACUUCCAGGUGGAGAUGGAUGGAGAAAACUUCCUGAGUGACCUGCGGAAGGACGUGGAGAAACCCAUCGGCUUUGAUGCCAUCAUGCGUGUCCGCACAAGCACAGGGUUCAGGGCCACAGAUUUCCACGGUGCCGUCCACAUGAACAACACCACAGACGUAGAGAUGGCCGCCAUCGACUGUGACAAGGCCGUUACCGUGGAGUUUAAACAUGAUGACACUCUCAGUGAGGAGACUGGAGCACUCAUGCAGUGUGCACUGCUCUACACCACGGUGGGCGGCCAGCGGCGUCUGCGGGUCCACAACCUGAGUCUGAACUGCAGCGCCCAGCUGUCCGAGCUCUACAAGAGCUGUGAGACCGACGCCCUCAUCAACUUCUUCGCCAAAUCAGCGUACCGCGCCAUGCUCAACCAGCCCCUGAAGACGGUCAGGGAUAUCCUGGUCAACCAGACCGCUCACAUGCUGGCCUGCUACAGGAAGAACUGCGCUAGUCCUUCUGCUGCUAGUCAGCUGAUUCUGCCUGAUGCCAUGAAGGUGUUCCCCGUCUACAUGAACAGCCUGAUGAAGACUUUGCCCCUCGUGAGCAGUAGUGAACUGGCCACUGAUGAGAGAGCCUACCAGAGACUCACAGUACUCAGCAUGGGAGUGGAGGACACACAGCUGCUGUUAUACCCACGACUCAUACCCUUGCACACCAUGUCUGUUGACAGUGAUGCUGUCCCGGCAGCAGUUCGCUGCUCUGAGGAGCGCCUGACGGAUGGGGGCGUGUUCCUGCUGGAGAAUGGGCGGAGUCUGUUCCUGUGGGUGGGGCAGUCCUGCCCACCUGACCUGGUGCAGAGCCUCUUCAACGUGCCUUCACUCGCUCACCUACCACCUGACCAGAGCUCUCUUCCUGACCUGGACAACCCCUACUCAAAGAAGCUGCGGUCCAUCAUCUCAUCCAUCUGUGAGCAGAGAUCCAAUUCCAUGAAGGUUCUGGUGGUGCGUCAGAAGGACCGGCCCGAGGUUCUGUUCCGGCAGCAGCUGGUGGAGGAUAAGGGUCUCCACGGCGGCGCCUCUUACAUGGACUUCCUGUGCUACGUCCACCGCGAGAUCCGACAGCUGCUCACCUAAACACACACACACACACACACACACACACAAACACACACACACACCUGAGGCUGGGAGGGAGGGAGGGAACACCCACCGCUCCCCCCCCCCCCACCCACCCUUGUUCAGCCUCUUCAGCUGCCUGUCCCCCACCCCCAUCCAAAGCCCCUAGAUGGGCUGUCCUCUGAUGUAGUUUUUUAUAUGGCCCUCUGCUCCCACAUGGCUCUGCUCAGAACUACAGGACCCACAAUGCAAUUCUUCUCUGAGUGGAUAACCAACAGACGGGCAAAAAUGGAUAUUUUUUUGGAGAUGUUUGUAAGACCUGAGGCUCCGUUUCCAUGGUGACACAGAUGAUAUCCCUGUAAUUAGUUCCUCUGCAGGUGUGUGUGUGUGUGUGUGUGUGUGUGUGUGUGUGUCUGCCCCUGCUAGUCGCACAUCUGCACUCCUCUCCCGUCCUGGCAGCAUCACACCAGAGCUCAUGUGGUCACCCGGUGUUGUCAUGUGUGUAGCUUCUCAGCAGCGCUGGAGGAUAUUCCGUGUGUGUAUCGUAUCCCAACCUCACACUGCGUGCGUCACCAAGACCUUCAUCUUCUUGAGCUGAUAAACGUCCAUCCUGCACCCCCCCCAGUCAGGACAGUUCAGGACUCUAAGACCUUCAGCGCUCAUCAGUAUCAGGACUGCUUAUGUUGCCUUAAUUGCCCCUCAAGCGGCACGGUGUCCAUGACAACACACCCCCACCCUGUGGCUCUGGAGCAGUGGUCUCUCAAUUUUGCUUUUUUUAUGACAUUUAAAAAUAUAUUUUUCAAAUUGUUGUUUAAUUAUAAUACCAAAAAACAAUUAAGAUAUUUAUUCUUAUAAAGUGAAACAUUCCACAUAUUUCACAAUCCAUAUUGGUGUAGUUUAGAAUAACGUCUCUUUUUCUGCAUGUGUAGUGCUAGUGUGUAGAGUGCGCCUGUAACCCUGCAGUGCUAGGCUAGGACAAGCUAACUGCGUUCUCAGUGGCAGGCGUGUGCUCUGAGGCCUGCAGCAGGUGCUCUGGUGUCUGUGUGGAUCAGGGCUUGAGACCCGACUCUUGGUUAUCUUGACUCUUGAUUAUCUAUGGCUUGUAUGCAAACAUAUCUCAGGUAAUUUCACGUACCUAGCGUUAGUCUAGCGUUAGCUUAGCGUUUUGUCCAGGUUCAUGUGGAGGCUGCCUGAGAUGUGUGGAAAGAUGGCCAUUCCGUCAGAGGACCGUGGGGCACUGGCGCUUCCUGGUGGCGAUGGGAGGGAAGUGUCUCCAGUGGACAUUCUAAUUGGAAUCUGUGAUACUUUACUUUUGCUCUUUACAUUAAAGCCUCAUCUAUACUGUCA